AUGUGGAUGCGGUUUCUUUCUUUUCAGUCGGGGGGCUCCGCGAGCGCCUCGAGCAGUGUGGGGGGGGAGGCCUGGUACCUGGUGUCCUUCCGGGGCUGGAGUCGGAGGUUCGACAGAUGGGAGCGAGCCUCCGCCCUCUCGUCCUUGGCCGACGGCGGCAAGGGUGACGCCACCGAGGUUGAAGGGCCAGAAAAGGAGGAGGAGGAGGAGGAGGAGGAGGAAGAAGAAGAAAGGAUGUCGCCUUCCUCUGGUGGUGCUGUUACAGCAAGAGGGGGCACGGGCCCAGGGCUCCCGCGUCAAGAAGACGAGUACCUACAGCCGAAGGUGCUGCAGGGCCUCGAGGCGAGCCACCACAUGGACAAGCCCGGCCGAGCGAGGGGCCUACGGUGCAGCGUCCCGUCCUUCACGACAGCGGAGACGGAGAGCAGCGCACAGACCAGGGCCAAGGCCAUGAUCCUCACGAUCCAGGCGGCCUUGCCAAGCGGUGCGCGCCUCCGAGCAAGGGGCCGGUUCGACGGGGGACUCCUCCAGCCGUGGAUCACGUUCGUGCAGGAGGCCACGACGGCGCUUGAGCUCAUGGAGGCGUGGCUGCUGCUGGAGUCGUCCAUCAACCCGAGGUGGCUGGAGUCUUCCUCGAAGAGGCUGUUCAGCGUGCUUCCUUGCUACACGCUGGCGCUGCAGACGGCGACGUACGCUUCGGUAUGCCUGAGGGCGUGGGUCAUGGACCACUGUCUUCAAUACGGCAGGUCCAACGCUAACGUGGACGAUGCGGGCAUGUCGGAGAUCGCGUCGAACAUGCUGCCGCAUCAGCCCCCUGGACGGCGCAAGAAGGCAUCUGUUGUCGACGAAGAGACGGGGGGGGUGGGGGGUUCACAAUCCGCGGGUCCCCCCUCGUCCGCUUCCGGGAGUCGCGGUGGCGGUGCGAGCAACAGUGCCUCGGCGUCGGCGACGAAUCCUCCGUCCGGAAAAAGAGGCCGCCGAUUGACAAAGGUGGGGGACUUGAAAGGCGGUGGCGGAGGAGGAGGGAGUUCAUCGUCAUCAGGGAGGCGUGCAUCCCCGGGGCCGGCGGGAGACGACCCCUUCGCUGCCGAUGACGACGACGCUUCCCAGCACAGCGGUCCUCCGUCCCCUUCUAGAUCAUCAGCCUCCAGUGCAGGGGGCGGGGACGGGGGCGGCGGCAGCGGCAGCGGAAAACGAGGACGGCCGGCCAAGAAACGCAAAGUGCGUUGAGACAAGGCACAAUCACUAUUAGGAUUGUUAGUUUGCUCGGGCAGGCGCGGAGAAUGAGGAGGGAGGUAUCCACAUUCCCCACAAAGGUGCCGCCGGCUUCGACAAGCCGUCGGCGUUUGCUGUGGUUGCUACUCGAAACGCUAGCAGCUCCUUCCCCCCAUUGUCAACACCCGUGCAUGCGCGAGCUAGCCGCGGCGCCCUAUCACGGGGCGCAAUCGAUUUUUGGUCUAGAUCAUGGUGAAAUUUGCGCACUUAUAGUAAGGCCUUUGCGGGUGGGUGGGUGUUGUCUGUGCGUUUGUAUUUGCUAGUCUGCUGUGCUGUGCCGUGCGCGUGUUUCGGCUACCUUCGCAGCCUACACGGCAGAGGUAACAGCAGUAGAGAGCUCAAGAGGAGGCACAAAGAAAACACUGCCGCUGGACAAGUGUUUUUUUAGCCUGUAGGCAUUGCAGUCUUGGAAGGGAGGGUGGUGUGAGGAGGAGGAGGAGGAGACGUGGGAUAGGAAAAGUGGUGCUGGAUUUUUGUUGGCGUAAAAGGGCGAGAGAGUUGGCAGGGGUGAUCGAAAGAUUGAAGUUUUGUAGCGGAACGUUCAGUUCCUCCGCCAAUUCUCGGAGACAAUGAGGAAUGGAAGAAAGCUGCUGUCGUAUUGUGCGCGGUGAGGCAAGCGCGCGGGGCCGUGCAUCUAUCCGCGUCAGGGAGACAAGGGCACGGGCGAAGGUUCCGUUGUAAAUCCCAGGUGACGGAGGGUGGCACAAGCUGAUCUAGAAACACAGCAGCAAGUUCUCAGUUCUUCGUCCAAGAAACGGGAAAUAGUUCAUAGACUACCAGGAAGACACCUUGCCUUAAUGGGGGAGGGCGAUGGAAAAAAACAACACUUUGAUUGAAAAUCAAUGUGUAGGGGACGGAAUCUUUUCUGUAAGGUUUGGGUGCGGUCGUCGGAGGCGAAGAUACGUUGGAAUGGAUCGUCUCUCUCUUUCGGACCGAGAAAUAUGUCAGUGGGCCUAUGCAUACAUCCAUAUUUGCUGUGAAAUUUGGGAUGGGAAGCCGGAAAGUCAAUAGGCCCCUCGUGCACAUUUUCUUUGCUGUUUGGGAUGGAAACCCGGGAAAUGGAUGUACUG